AUGGUGGAUUCGCCGGACUUCCCACCACCUGCACUACCCAAUCACCGGAAGAAGAGGCUUGUAUUUCUGGGACAUAUUUCCUUCACUUGGAAGUUUGAUAAUGAUGUUACCUACCGGGGUCGGGAUAAUGUAAUGAUGUUUGCUUGGGGUACACAUAAAAUUGCUAUGGCACCUGUUUUGCAUUUUGUAAAGAGUCCAGGGGGAAAGAAGUCUAGUUUCUUGAUAAUGACGUAUAAUGAUAAGGAACUUGAUGAUGUCGUCAAGGAAUCUGAUUAUUUUUUUCCAGUAGUGAUUAAGGGCUUGUUCAGUGCGAGUAAGGAAGAAACACCCAUUCCUGGAGUAGUGCUGGAAAUCUUAGAGGAUUACAAAGAAUUGAUUGCUGAUGAGCUCCCUAAUGACUUGCCUCCUAUGCGAGACAUUCAACACCAGAUCGACCUGAUUCCAGGUUUGAGCUUACCCAACCUUCCCCAUUAUCGAAUGAUCCCUGAGGAGAAUAAAAUUUUAAGGGAACAUAUUGAAGAUUUGUUGAAGAAAGGGUUCAUCCGUUAG